GACUCACCAUCAGAUCUGUUUGGCAACAACACGGUGUCGUUACCUCUUAAUCGGUGCUGAUAAACUCCAGAUCGAUUGUUCUUCUACAAACAAUCCUCUCUCCCUCUCUCUCUCUUUUUAACUGAGCACACACCGGACACCGGUCCUUUAGUCUCUCUGACACCGGGACCAACAUGAUGGUCGGACCCCGCUGCUGUCCGCUGAUCCUGUGCCUGGCCCUGGGCUCGGUGCUCGGGCUCGGUGAGGACCUCGACCGGCCUCUGUUCGGGCCUCCGGGCUCUCCCAUCCGGCUGCAGGAGACCGACCCGGGCCUGAAGAAGGCUCUGGAGUUCGCCGAGGAGCGCUACAACCGGGGCUCCAACGCCAUGCACCUCCGCAAAGUCAGCCGACUCCUCUCCGCCACCAAACAGCUGGUUAAGGGCAUCCGCUACACUAUAACAGUGGAGCUGAGUAACACUCAGUGCAAGAAAUCCACCAUGCUCAGGACAUGUGACUUCUAUCCCGAGUCACAGAAACUCAAGACGGAGGUGUGUGUGUUCGAAGUGUGGGACAUUCCCUGGCAGGGCAGUUCAACUCUGCUCAAACAGAAGUGCCAGCCUAAAGCUGAGCCUCAACAAGAGGAGACCAACAAGGCGAUUGAUGCAUCCACCAGCGAGCCUCUGGAGGAGUCUGUGCAGCUGUUGGGUCAGUUCAAAGAGUUCAUGGUGAAAUACAAUAAGGUCUACAGCAGCCAGGAAGAGGCAGACCGCCGUCUGCGCAUCUUCCACGAGAACCUGAAGACUGCUGAGAAGCUCCAAUCUUUGGACCAAGGGUCAGCUGAGUAUGGAGUCACCAAGUUCAGUGACUUAACUGAGGAAGAGUUUCGCUCUACGUACCUGAACGCGCUACUGAGUCAGUGGACUCUUCAUCAACCAAUGAAACCGGCCUCUCCUGCCCGAGACCCCGCCCCUGCCAGCUGGGAUUGGCGGGAUCACGGAGCCGUCAGUCCCAUUAAGAACCAGGGAAUGUGUGGAUCCUGUUGGGCAUUUUCAGUUACCGGCAACAUUGAAGGCCAGUGGUUCCUGAAAAAUGGGACGUUGCUGUCCCUCUCUGAACAAGAGCUGGUUGACUGUGAUGGGCUGGACCAGGCGUGCAGAGGAGGGCUGCCAUCAAAUGCUUAUGAGGCUAUUGAGAAGCUGGGUGGUCUGGAGUCAGAGACUGACUACUCCUACAGCGGACGCAAGCAGAGGUGCGACUUCACCACCGGGAAGGUGGCUGCCUACAUCAACAGCUCUGUGGAGCUGUCCAAAGAUGAGAAGGAAAUUGCAGCCUGGCUGGCUGAGAAUGGACCAAUCUCUGUUGCUCUGAAUGCCUUUGCCAUGCAGUUCUACAGGAAGGGUGUGUCUCACCCUUUGAAGAUCUUCUGCAACCCCUGGAUGAUCGACCACGCUGUGCUGAUGGUUGGAUACGGAGAACGUAAAGGAAUCCCAUUCUGGGCCAUCAAAAACAGCUGGGGAGAGGAUUAUGGAGAACAGGGUUACUAUUACCUGUACAGAGGGUCCAAUGCGUGUGGGAUCAACAGGAUGUGUUCAUCUGCUGUGGUCAACUAAAGCACUAACACCUCAUAGUCUCACACACACACACACACACACACACGCACACAAUCAUACCACAUGAACCACAGCUACCAGCUGACCUCACUUUUACACUCGCACACAUCUGAGCCAGACUGCAUGAUGCUCUAGGUCAAACACACAAUCAUUUCCUACUGAUGUUACUUUUCCGUUAAACCAGACUAGUAUUUCUUCCUCAUACCUUAUACCUCUUGUCAAUUUACUAAAAACAUACCAGCUCUAAUAAAGCUAGCUUUGCUGAGAAAUUUUACGGUCAUUUUAAGGUAGAUUUUAUCUGCGCAUUUCAUUCCAUUAAUGUUGUUUUAGGCUUUAUUGGUUUUAACUCAUCUUUCCUCACAGCAACAGAACCUGUGUUCAGUAAAGAUUGUGCACUAAUUGUAAUUUAGACUUCUGUCUUGUCCGUUUGAUGUUUUGUUUUCAGUGCUAAUAUUAUGUAGUCCUUGAGCGAGGGAGGUUGAAAAAUGGGGGUUUUACCAUAUACUGGUCUGCACAUGACUACAUAACUGCAAUGUAAUUGUAAAAAAGACUGCUGUAAAACAGUGAUAAAUUAACGAAGGUGCAAUAAAAAAGUGUAGAAUCCUG